ACCUGACAAUCGGUACUGCCAUAUCCCAAAACGAAUGAACUGCAGCCUUAAAAGUAGACUGCUGAGUUUACUGUCCAUCUUAUGCUCAUUCCAUAAAUAGGAUUACACCAAUGUUUACUGUCCAUCUUAUGUUCCUUCCAUCAAUAGGAUUCGCUAUAACGUUUGUAGAAUGUUCUCAUACGCAUACACCAUCAUAGAGCUCGUAAUCAAGUUUCCAUAGACACAGUGUUGUUGUCUUCUAUUUAUUCAUCUUUGCUAAGCCAGGCCGAUUGCUUAUGCAACUUAUGUUAAACUUUGUUAAUUUGCAGUGCUAGUACUUGUGAUACUUUCCUGUUUGAGAUUAAAAUUACUUGCAUAGAUUUUGAGUUUCAAGUGCCACUUUGAUAGCAAUGAAGAGAGUUGAUGACUCCAAAUACACUGAACUCGUAGAUUUGUAGUUAUGAAGGGUUCAUGAGGUUCUAUCUCUAGUGACAUGAAUUCUCUUUCUCAAUUCGAGGUUAUAGGUCUAGUGAUUCGUAUUCUUCUUUUUGCACUCUUCCUUCUGUGGUGACCGAAGUUUGAAAACACCGCAUAAGUAUGGCGUGAAUGUCGCUGGAGUAGUGUAUGAAUGCUCUGCUGAGUGAUGAUCUAUUCACUGGUAGUAUCUCUCAGUUUCUAAAUAGUACUUUCUUUCCUUGAGUAUACUUUUUUGCAUUCAACCCAAGGCUAUUCAUAGGGAGAAUAUAUUCCUUGAGUCCAAAUCAAACUUGGACCCUCACAAUCUCACUUAAAAAGUAGACAUAAAUAAGGAUUCAACAAAAAGUCUCAUAGCAGGGCCGGCAAGAAAGCAUGCAUAUCUAAAAAUUCUUUGCUUAAGCAUGCAGCAGCAGCAAGAUUCCCUAAUAGAUAUAAAUCACAAUUACCCCUUCCUAAUUCUGGGACACUUAGUUACAAAUAAUUGGGAUAUGGAAGAACAAGCCGAAGUUGUCGGAUUAGCCUUCGUGGAGCACUACUACCACCUGUUCGACCACAACCGGGCAGCCCUCAUCUCGCUCUACAGUCCGACGUCUAUGCUCACGUUUGAGGGGCAGAGGAUACAAGGGGCUGAUCAAAUCUCGACCAAGAUCAACCAGCUGCCGUUUGAUCAAUGCCGCCAUGCAAUCAGCACCGUUGAUUGCCAGCCGUCAGCUGUUGCUGGUGGUGUCGUCGUCUUUGUCAGUGGCAGUCUUCAGCUGCAGGGAGAGGAGCAUUCCUUGAGGUUUAGCCAGAUGUUUCACUUGAUUCCGACGGGAGAAGGUAGCUAUUUCGUGAAGAACGAUAUGUUUCGACUAAACUAUGGUUGAUUUCUACACAUUGGAGUUGUUGUGAACUUAUUUUAUUACACAUAUAUUCGAAUAUAUGUACUUGGGUUGGUUGAUCAUGUUGUGGUUAUGCAUAUAUGCAAUGUUCCAUUUCUAUAUACUCCAUAUCUUUGAGACUAUAUAUGAAAAGAUAUAUCUCUCA